UUCGCUUCUUCUUCACUUCGAUGCUAUACUUCAUGACGUUUGGCUUUUUCGUUUCAAGGUUUACUGGUUUUCGAUAAAGGGAGAACAUGGUUGGGAUUAUAGUAUGGGGACUCGGCGCUAUAUUAAGAAAGAUACAUGUAAAACACUUGGGUCUAUCGGUCUUAAACGCCAAAAUAAAUUAUCACUUGAGGAUUAUUAUUCAUUGCUUCUAUCAGAAGCCCAUAAAAACCAAAAAGAAGAGAUGUUGAGUCUUUAUUUAACAGGCGGUCUUGGUUAA